AUGUACUCCAUUCUUGACCGCGGCGUCUUGCUCGAUCCCUUUGCUCGCCACAAGCAGAGCCUCCGCCGAACCAGGGCUGAUGACGACGACUACGUCGACCUGGUGAUGCUGGACGGCGACGACGAGCACGACGACGACGAAAUCGACGAAGACCGUGACAUUGACGGCGACGACGAAGCCGAAGAGCUCGAUGACGAUGAAGAAAUUGAGGAAGAGGACGAUGAUGACGAAGACGAUGACCUUGUCGAGGAUGAAGAUGAAGAUGAUGGCCUGGAUCUCGAGGCCGAGGUCGAUGUCGUCAACAAGAAGAACUCGGUCAUUGUCAAGGCCGAGAUGCCAGGAAUCAAGAAGAAAGAUGUCCGUGUCUUCAUUGCCGACGACGUCUUGACAAUCGAAGGCCAGCAGUCCUUCAAGGACUCGUACACCCGAAACGGCGUUCGCCAUGUGGAGGAGGCCUUUGCCGUCUACCAGCGCCAAGUCCAGCUUCCGCCCAACACCGAUCCAGCCUCUGUCACUGGCAAGAUGAAGCAUGGGCUUCUGGAGCUGCACAUGAACAAAACCAAGGCGCUCCCUGCUCCAACGCAGCGCCGACCCCGCUAUCUUCUCAGCCACUGAGCGUCUGGGCCACUCGGCACUGCGGUGAAUUCUUAUACCUGCGCAUGCUCAUUUUGAACCACAGAUCCCGGGCUUUCGCAGAGACUUGCAGUCGCCGCUGAUUGCCCCUCAUCCCACGAUGCGCUUCGUCCCAUCGAUACCAUACACUUGACCAAAUACCCCUGCUCUUUGAAAGGAACUAGGUUGUUUGUGGGCCUGUCUCAUUCAAGAGAGGCAAGUCAACAGCACAACCUGGGAAUUCCUUGCAUCGUUUGCAAAUGGAAGGAGAACACCUGUGUUUGAGGAUAUUGGUUGCGGCUG